AUGGCUUGCCCUCAUAUCAAAGUCGCAGCCAACGAGUUUCUCGACUUUGUCAAUGCCUCUCCGACGCCGUUCCAUGCAGUCAAAUCUGUCAAGGAACGGUUAAGCAAGGUCGGGUUCAAGGAGAUCAAGGAAAAGGAGUCCUGGUCAUCAACAUGCCAGCCCGGCGGUAAAUACUUCCUCACUCGAAACGGUUCUACCGUCGUUGCAUUUGCGAUUGGCAAGAAAUGGAAACCCGGCAACCCAAUCUCCAUGAUAGGUGCACACACGGACUCGCCAUGCCUGCGGAUCAAACCUGUCAGUAAGAAACAAGGAGAUGGGUUCAUCCAAGUCGGCGUAGAGACAUAUGGAGGUGGCCUCUGGCACACAUGGUUUGAUCGUGACUUGGGCAUCGCUGGCCGCGCAAUGGUACGAGGGCAAGACGGGAAUAUUGUUCAAAAACUGGUCCGCGUAGACAAGCCCAUCCUGCGUGUCCCGACCCUCGCCGUCCAUUUGGAUCGGCAGGAAACAUUCAGCUUCAACAAAGAAACCCAGUUGUUUCCCAUCGCCGGUCUCAUUGCUGCCGAACUUAAACGGCAGGACGACAAGAAAGGCCAAGUCGAGCACGGGCAGGAAGGCGAGCAGAACAAGCCCUUUGCGCCGUUGAAGGCCAUCACCACCAGACACCACUCGCAUAUCGUCGAGCUGAUUGCCGCAGACGCUGGAGUGACACCUGAAGACGUGGUUGACUUCGAGGUUGUCCUCUACGACACGCAAAAGGCAUGCCUGGGCGGUCUCAGCGAAGAAUUCAUAUUCUCGGCCAGACUUGACAACCUGAACUCGACGUAUUGUGCGACCAUGGGCCUGAUCAAGUCUGUGGAGUCACCAUCUGCGCUAGACGACGAGUCGUCGAUUCGUCUUAUUGCUUGUUUCGACCACGAAGAAAUCGGCAGCAUGACAGCUCAAGGCGCGUUCUCGACCAUGCUUCCUGCCAUCAUCCGCCGGAUCUCGGUCCUCCCGUCCUCAUCAUUCGUCGAUGGCUCCGAAGACUCAUACGACCACGCUACCGACCCGGACGUCUCAACGGCAUACGAACAGACUCUGUCGAGCUCGUUCUUACUGUCGGCAGACAUGGCGCACUCGGUCAACCCCAACUACGGGGCCAAGUAUGAACCAGACCACAAGCCGGAGAUGAACCAGGGUCCGGUUAUCAAGAUCAACGCGAACGCAAGAUACGCCACCAACUCGCCGGGCAUCGUGCUGCUGCAAGAGGUGGCAAGGAGGGCGCCCAAGCUCAUCGAGAGCGAUGCUGAAGGAGUUCCUUUGCAACUUUUCGUGGUGCGAAACGACUCGAGCUGUGGAAGCACCAUUGGUCCAAUGUUAUCUGCUCACCUGGGUGCCCGAACCCUUGAUCUUGGCAACCCUCAACUCUCGAUGCACAGUUGUCGUGAAACGGGUGGUGCGGACGAUGUCCACCACGCCAUCAGGCUGUUCAGCGGUUUCUUCCAGCACUACUCGUCCCUGGAAAAGUCCAUCUUGGUUGACUAA